ACCACCAUUUAUGCAUGCAGCAACCACCAUCAUACCUCUUGGGUACGUAGUAAGUAGAAUAAGGCAUGCAUGUAUGCAAUAAGCUGGUGACGAACCUUAUUAAUUUCCUUGUUCAAUCUCAAUCCCAUUCCUAUAUAUCCUUGAAAUAUUAUUUAAGUUUGGAAGAGUAUUAAGAGCUCAAUUAAGUAAUUAAUUGAUCAUCAAUGGCGAAUAACGACCUGCAAAUUGUGCCGGGUUGCAAGAAUGUGGAGCCACAGCACGUAGAAAUGAUGGUGCCUCUAUACUCUUACGGUUGCGGCAGAAAAAUAAAGAAGGCCUUGUCCCAUUUCAGAGGGAUAUAUUCGGUAACAGUGGAUUACAAACUACAAAAGGUGACAGUGUGGGGUAUCUGCAACAAAUACGAUGUGCUAGCCACCAUCAGGAGAAAAAGAAAGGAAGCUCGUUUCUGGGACAUCGACCAUAACGAUGAUGAACACACCACAUCUUCUUCUCCCCCACCUCCUGCCCACCGCCACAACCACGCUGCGAUCAUGAGCGUCAUCCCUAACAAGCUCUGCUCUCUGAGUCUCCACUGGAGAACAUGGAAGAAGAACAAGGCUGACUUACUAAGAUCCUACCAUCGUAAGCACUAGUAGUGGCUGCCUGGGCCUGGAUUAAUAUAUAUAUACAUAUGAAUAUCAUCAGGACGACGAUCAACCACCGAUGGAGUCAUGAGUAGAUUGACCAACCCUCCAAGUGCACCCUCCUCGAUUCCCUUCUUCCUUCUCAAUCCUUCUGUCACUUUCAUUAUUAUUAGCUUAGACUAGAUUAGAUUCUAAGUAUUUUAGAUUUCCAGAUUCCAUCUGCAUGCAGAGUACUGAGAAUCCGAAAACACUAGAAUUAUCUACAAAUUAAUUACUACUAAUAUGUAGAAAAAUAAACAUUUUUACUCUAAA